AUGCCCGACGUCAUCACCGAGGCAACGUUGAAGGCACACACCAAGCUGUGUCCCAAGCUUCCUUUGGAGCUCAUACCCCACGUAUUCAGCUUCGUCGAUUCCUGCACGGGCUACAAUAUGGUUUCGGUCAGCCGAUCCUGGCACGGAAUUCUAGCCAAACUUCUCUACUCUAAGGUCUCAAUCGUGGGUGAGCACCGCUUUAACUUACUUUUCGCAACGCUCAACGACAAUUUGGAGCGCUUUCGCUGGAUUAAAGACAUCCAGAUGGAAGCGUAUUGCCGUAAUUCUGUGAAUGGUGAGACGGCUUACGCCGAACAGUGGAGCCCUGUCGCCUUUUCAAGACUGAGCGCUCUUCUUGCCAUGUCGCGCCCCGGUCGAGCGUCCUUCACCAUCUAUUGCUUGAACGCCGGCGGCGACCUCGAUAUGUUCUUCUGUCGAUGGGAUAGGAGAGAGCUCACAUUUGAGAUGCAGGCGUUCGUUCCUGAGGACUUUCAAGAGGAGGUAAUAGCUUUCGCACAAACGCUUGCAUGGACCUACGCCGACGAAACCCGCAGUCUUCAGAGCCUCGGCGGCAGCUUUCAUAAACUACCGUAUUUCAAGGCGUUGCGGACGGUCACUCUGAGAUCUGACCUCCUGGUUGGCGAUCCCGGACAAGGCUGGUCUCCGUCGAGAAGCCUCGACCAAGUCCGCUUGACGGCCUAUGAGGAAGACGACUGGCUGCGCAUCGUCCCCCGGCUUCCACAAUGGACCCGCUCCCUUGAUGUCUGCUUCAUGGAUGACCGGAUGAAACUACCCCCAUGGCCCUCGAGUUCCCGGAUUCAAUCAGGAGUGCUCAGAUAUAGUCCGUCCUUAUUCCUGCACAGCUUUGACCCGGAUGACUGGCGUGCUGAACUAUCCAGUUACGACGGAGGAGGCACACUGGAGAUCAUGUAUCGCGCUGAUGUGAUGACGACCGACUAUUAUCGCGUUGUUAUGAGGCCCAACGACUAUUAUAAGAUUAUUGAUGCUUACGUCGAGCUAGCAGUCGAAAGCAAGAAGUUCGACGAGCCAGCCCGGAAACUGGCCCCGUCCAUAUCAUCGAAAGCACCAUUUCACGGGUUGGGUAACGUGGUUCUGGAAGAUCAUGGCAAAGCGCCAGCCCGUAGUAUCUGCUCUCCAUAG